AUGUUUGGUGCUCUAUACCGCAUCAAGAUGGACGAAGAGGAAAAUGAAGAAAAGGAGAAUUUGCUUGAAACGGACACCACAACGAUAAGGCCUCCAGCGAAGAGAAACAAUCAGAUUCUUCGUCUGCUCUUUAUAAUUGGUGUAUCGUUGAAUACUUUGUUUGGGAUUCUCGGUAUCUUUACUUUCGCCUCGUUUCUCAAUUCAGGCAAGUCGUCAUACGAAAAUGGAUUCGACACGGACUUAGAACCUGCUAGAGAGAAAAUUGAUCUCAUUGUGAAGACAUUCACUGGUGGUGUAGAGCUGGAUGAUGCCGGUAAUUUCUACACGGAUGACGGCGGACAUGAAUACGUUGGGCCACCAGGACCAGAAGUAGACGAAGCAUGGGAAACUCUCCUUGGCCUAAACCUUGACUUGGACGAAGAUGAAGUGGUUCUGAAGGGCUCGACUUUCCAGUGGCCAGAGUCUGGCAACUAUUUCACUGGGAUUGAUGUAUACCAUUCUCUUCAUUGCUUGAACCGCCUUCGACAAGCAAUCUAUCCUGAAUAUUACACCCGUAUCUUUAACCAUCCAUCAGAUCCAUCACGUAAGAAUCACAUAGAAACCCUAGAUCAUUGCAUCAAUCACAUCAGACAAGCAAUUCAGUGCCACGCAGACUUGACGCCUAUGGAAUGGAGACUUGACGGGAAUAAAAUAAUUUUGAAGACGAAUACUCAGCACACUUGCAGAAAUUUUGAGCAGAUAAACGGCUGGGCGCUAUCUAAGCGUACGAAGUUCGAAGAUAUUCACAGUUGGCGUAAUGGUAGCCUUCAGAUUGUGGAUUAG